GCAAAGCGUCCAUCAAUUCAAACACUCCAAUCCAAAAUGGAUUGCCACAAAAAGAGGACGAAGUGGGAGAAGAAGACGAGCAAGCGGAGAGCGUUCGUGCUGUGGCAGCCAAAGUGGUAGACAAUGUGGUAAAGUUGGCUUCUGAGGCAGCACAAGAAGCCAGCUACGGAAACAGUAGCUCCUCCUCUCCUUUGAAAAAAAGUAGAGGUUGCGGUUUACAGAGGUUGCCAACUAUACAGAUCGACACAGUGCCAUCCCCGCCUCCGAGUCCAACUGACGAUUUGUCGCAACCAAAUUCAAUUGAGGCAGAUGAACCUAUAGAUACUAGUCAGAUUGAAUUUGACUUGGAAGCAGAUCAAGAAGCGGGUCCAUCAUCUGAGGAGCUAAAAGAUUUUCUAAAAGACUACGUCGAAGAUAUAUUAUCAAGAGCCAUGGUAGUUGCAGAAAAAAAACUUCAGUUUGCUGGUAUCGAUGAUGAGGAAGAAGAAGAAGAAGGAGAGGAAACAGACGGAGCAGGGCCGGAAGCUUCGAUAUCAAAAGCAGAAAACGACGAACCUAAUGAUUCUGAAAUUCGAGCUGCGGCCGAAAAGGUCGUAGAAGAAGUGAUUUCGAAAGCUACAGAAACGGUCGCAGAACAAAUGGAGAAAGACACAUCAUCCCUCACGUUCCCGGGCCUUCCAAGUAUCCAGAUCGAUACGGUGAAAUCUGCGCCCCCCAGCCCAGAAAGUGAAGAAGAAUUGCCUCAGCCGCAAAAGAAAUGGACUUUUACGAUGCGUGAUGACGAACCAGAAAAGACAGAAGAAGAGGAUACUGCGGAGGUGCCGGAGACAAAGGCAUCUAUGAUUACCUUCGACGAGGCUCCUGAAGAUGUAAAAGAAUUGGCUUCAAAUGUUGUAAAAGAAGUAGUUAGUAAAGCAGUUGCCAUGGCAGAAGAGAAAAAUGUUCCAGUGCUGCCUGUCAAUUUCGAAGAAGUGGAACACAUCAAGACUACCGGUCCGUGGUACAUAAGAUUCCGAGAAACCUUGGUGAGGGUCCUUCGCACAGCUUGCUUCUGCGCGCCUCGUCGGAACGAUUCUUGAGCGUGAUUUCUCCAAGUUCGCUCUUCAAUGUGCAAGUCAAGUGUACACGCCGCGAAACCUCGAAGUUCCCAAAGCUACAUACAUCCAUUAACGGAACCAUCCAUUGCGUUCUUGUACCCACUGUGUGUUCUAUGGAACUCCUUCAUCUAGUAAAUGCCUCAUUAAUCUCCUUCUGUAGUACCUGCCGUGUCUUUAUGUGAAUGCUCAUGGAAUACGAUGUUGUGAAUUAAUUGGUUCUUAACUGUGUCCAUGUCUCCAUCUGUAUAUUUCGAAGAACUUGUCCCGAAUCAAGUUGAUAUGGAUAUUUAACUCAAGCAUUCUGGCCCGAGCAGAUGUAGAAUUGAAACAAAGGCUUCGUGAUCCGAGAAUCAAUGAGAGAUUCCUGGGGUAUGAAGCCGAAGUUAAAGUAUUCUUCGUGGAUUGUUCCAUGGAUUAAAUACAAGGAGCUUCGAUUAUUACUGUGAGAUUGAAUUAGUUGAAUGUAACAUUGUACAUGAAAUAUUUUCUUAAAGAAAAUUAUAUUUGCCAUCUAGGUUAAAUACCGCAAACUAAAAAUAAAUAAGCGAAUAGAAAGAUAUGCGUAGUCAAAGCAGGAUAGAAUUUGUAAAAUACUAAAGAGAUGAUUUAAAAUGAACUUUUCCUCGGUUGAUGUGAAAUAUUUGUUUCACUGCACAGAUAUUGCACUUGUACUAUGGACAAAUUUCUGUUUUUUAAAGAAGGUCUAGGUGUUUUAUAGUUGUUGUUGACUGAAGUAUAAAUCUUGUUUAUUGAAAAUAAUUAUAAGCUUCAUCUUACGUCAUUAUCAUUCAAACAGUGCUUAUUUGAAUGCAAGCCGUAUAACAGGUGGCAUGUAGUUCAUAUCAGGUGCAAUAUAGAACUAUAAGUCAUUGCUAAUUAUUCCCGAAACAUUGAACCUGAUGUUCUAUUGAAUUUUUAAAUGUGGGAAUUAACUAUAAGAUUAUAAUUUUUCUUAAAAACGAAAGGUAUUUUGUUGUAAAUCGCAAAACUUACUUUAUGUGAAUGACGAUAAGAAUUUUGUGUUCUGAAAUUAUAAUCAUUGAAAUGUUUGAACACUUACCUUCAAUCGUAAUGUUUUUCAUUAGCUAUUUUGCUUUUUUAAACUGUUAAAGUAUAUUUUUAUUCUAAAUAUUUUAACAAACAAAAUGAAUCUUGAAAAAUGAUCAGCAAAUUGUGAUAUACUUGCAGUAUUAAGUGCCAUCGGAAAGUGGGUAUUGUAAUGAAGAAUAUAAAGUUAAUAUUUUGUCUUAUUUUCUGAAGGUAUAUUGAUAGUGGAAGUACCUGGCUUUUUGUUUAAACUUUAAAUAACACUGGUAUAUUUUAUUUAUUGUAAGUAUUAUGUAUCCUUAUUCUCUAGAAAUAUUGGUUUUGGUUUGUUAUUAUAAAGUUGCUCAUUAAUGCAUUAA